CCGGUGCCGAGGCGCGAGCAGUAAGCGAUGGCCGAGUCCAGGAAACGCUGCCUUAGCAGGGCUGCGAGGAAUCCCUUGCCGGUGCCCCGGGACCUGCAGCUGCCCCCGACCAGGCGAAACCAGCCGGCCUUCCGAGAACAAAGGAAACAAAAACUCAAGGAAUAUCUGUUAAUACGAAAAACAGUGUUUCCAUACAAACAAGAAAGUCAGCUAUCCAGAAAUCAGAAAAUGAUGACGUCUGAGGAUCAGGUCCAAGAAGGGAAAAAAGUUGUGAAACUCAAAACAGAAGUGGCUGAUAAAGAAAAUAUUGGAAGUACAGUUGAGAAAAACUGCAUUCCAUUAAAAGCUGGAGAAGUAACCAGCUCAGAAAUACAUAAUUUGAAGGAUAAUGUUCAAGCUGUGCAGUUAUUAUCAACGAGAGAUGAUUUGCCAGCUCAGACUGUGACAUUAGACCAGUCAUGUCACCAUAAAGACAAUAAAAACAUGCAGAUGACUGCGGAGAAGCCCAAACAAGACGCUAACCUGUCUAAAAAGCGAGUGCUUGGCUAUUAUCAUGGCCAGAUUGUUCAGUCUAAGAUUAAUUCAUUUAGAAAGCUUCCCAGUGUCAAAGGCGAGAGUCUUGCAACAACCAAGAAACUUCCCACUACUGUGUCUAAAGCCACGAAGGCUCAGUGUGAGCCUGUGAACACUGUCAGUGUAAAAACCUCAAAUACAGCUGCUGCCUCCAAGCCUGCAUACCCUAAACCUGUGAGCACCACGUCGAAGGACACACUUGUGCGACCACCUAUCCGAAGCCUCCACAGUAGUACUCACGGAGCUGCGAAACAGGGCCUCAGCAGGCCCCUUGCCAAGGUUACAGUCAGAAAAGGGUUGCUUGAAAAGGAGUCACAUCGAUCAGAACCAGUUGUGUCUGUUGUCAAAGCCAGUUCUUCUCAGGACACAAAAAGAGACAAGGCCCCACCAAGAAGCAUAACAUCUAAAGAUGCAACCAGGACUAAUUCAUCUAACACCAGAGUGGUGGUCAAGUCAAAAGAUGCAGACCAGCGCAGAUACACGAUCGCAGGAGCGAGUGUUCAUAGAUCAGCUCAGCUCAAGGACACCACAGCAGAGAGGAAAGCUCAGAUGACUGAGUGGAGAACUGGCAAAGGAAACGGGCUAAAACGACCUCCUCAUUCAGUAGUCGCCCAGGCUGAGCCAAAGGGGCAAAGUGAAAACCCAGUUGGGUCCUUUUGGACUACCAUGGCAGAAGAAGAUGAGCAGAGAUUAUUUACUGAAAAAGUAAACAAAACAAUUUCUGAAUGCCUGAACCUUAUUAAUGAGGGAUGCCCAAAAGAAGAAAUUUUAGCUACAUUGAAUGACCUGAUUCAUAAUAUUCCAGAUGCCAAAAAACUUGUUAAAUAUUGGAUAUGUCUUGUACGUAUUGAACCAAUCACAAGUCCUAUUGAAAAUAUUAUCUCAAUCUAUGAGAAGGCCAUUCUGGCAGGGGCUCAGCCUAUUGAAGAGAUGCGACAUAUAAUCAUAGAUAUUCUAACAACGAAGAAUCAAGAAAAAGUCAAUUUGGGAGAAAAUAUUGAAGAGGCUCAUGCAACCAAGGAACCUGUCCAAGAAGUAAAUGUUGACGCUAAUCUAGGGUCAGGAAAACUGGAAGAGAAGGAUGAAGGUCAUGGAAAAGUUGAGGUUUAUGAAGACGAACAAGACAAAAAAAUAAAAGAUCCAACCAACGAUUUAACAACCCCAGACUCAAAAACUGAAGCAGGUUGCAUAAUUCGAUAUAAUGUAUCUUCUACACCUCGGUUGCAAAGUAUGAAAAAGACGCAACAUGAUAAAAAUUCCACAUUUAAAGAGCUAAAGUUCCUGACACCAGUGAGACGCUCACGACGCAUUCAAGACAAGACUUUACAGCUGCCAGCCAUGCUAAAAGACCACGACCCUUCUGUGUCUUCCCUGGAGCAGUUGUCGGAGUUGGGAGGGGAUGCUUUUGUUUGCCGCCCUAAUGCGGCACUGUGCCCUCUGUUCUUUGAGACCGACGUAGCAGAAGAGGAAUAGCAGUCCCAAGGCCUGAGCAGUUAUAGUUGUGUUACUCCUGUGGCCGUGCAUGUGCACCACUUUAUAGUAGGUCUGAAGUUGUCCACAUGCCUAAGUAUGAUACAGGUGAACUCCAGUAGCUUGUUUAUUGUGUUUUUAAAAUAUAAUGUUGGCUGCUUCACUUUACUAGUUACUUACAGUUAAAGAAGCAUAAUCAGAAAAUGUAGUCUAUAUAAAUUUAUAUUUUUAUGUUGACUUUGUUCCUAAUAUGUUUAUAAUAAAUAUAUAUGUAUGAUGUU